AUGGCUUCGUGUAUGUAUCGUGUAGGCGAUUAUGUCUACUUUGAAGGAAAUCCAACAGAACCUUAUCUAAUUCGACGAAUUGAAGAAUUAAAUAAAACUCCAAAUGGCAAUGUUGAAGCACGUGUUGCUUGUUUCUAUCGUCGUCGUGAUAUCUCUUCAUAUCUAGUCAAUCAAGUUGAUCGUCUUAAAAUCGAUGUUCCAUGGGAAGAUGAUGAUGAAAUGACGAAUGAUACUGGAUCAACAAACCCAAGUGGACAACCAACUGAAUUAACUGAUAUUCAAAAACAUCAAUUACGUCAUCGUGAAUUAUUUUUAACACGUCAGAAUGAAACAUUAUUAGCAACAAAUAUACGUGGAAAAUGUUUAGUUGUUUUACAUAAUGAAACUGAAACAUUUUCAUCAUACCUUAAUUCUGAGGAUCUUUUUUUCUAUCAACUUGUUUAUGAUCCAAAUCAGAAAACUUUAAAUGCUGAUCGAGGUGAAAUUCGUGUUGGUGGAAAAUAUCAAGCUGAUGCAUCAGUUCAACUAUUAUCCAAUGAUGCAAGUCAAGGUAUUAAUAAAGCAUUUAUUUCGAAGCAUGUAUUUAAUACAUUAUCAUCAAGAGAAGAUUUAAUCUGGGAUGCUAAUGGUGGUUUAACAGAAAAACAAAUUGAACAAUAUUUAAUUGUUGCAAGAUCAAUCGGUACAUUUGCUCGUGCACUUGAUUGUCCAACAGCAUUAAAACAUCCAAGUCUUCAUAUGAGUGCAGCAUCAGCAUCACGUGAUGCAACAUUAUUUUUUGCAAUGGAUACAUUACAUAAACAUCAUUAUGAUUUAGCUUUAGCUACAUGUAGUUUAGUACCAAAUACAGGACCAAUACUUGUUAAAGAUCAAAUGGAAGAUUGGUCUGCUGCUGAAGCUAAUUCAUUUGAAGAUGCUAUUGAAAAAUGUGGAAAAGAUUUUCGAGAAAUACAAAAAGAAUAUUUACCAUGGAAAAGUUUAAAAGGUAUUAUUGAAUAUUAUUAUAUGUGGAAAACAACAGAUCGUUAUGUUGUUCAAAGACGUUUAAAAUUAGCUGAACAAGAAAAUAAAUUAAAACAAGUUUUUAUACCAAAUUAUAAUAAAGCACAUCAAUGUUUACUUCCACAACGAAUACAAAAUGAAAAUAAACCAUGUGAAUCAUGUGGAACAACGUCAUCAUUACAAUGGUAUCAAUGGAGUGCAGCUCAACCAAAUACAAGACUUUGUGCAGAAUGUUGGACUUAUUAUAAAAAAUUAGGUGGUUUGAAAUAUUUGAAAAAAAGCGGUCCUGAUCGACGACAAGGUAAGUCAAAUUUUAUUGAAGAUAUUUUAAAUUUAUUUAUGAGAUUUAUUUUAGAACGGACUGUUAAUAUUAAUAAAUUGGUUAGUUAUAAAUGUAAUGUUAAUGGUUGUGACAAGGAAUGUAAAAAUAAACCUGCUCUUCAACGUCAUUAUGCCAUAUCACAUGGAAUAAUGUUUCGUUCUGGUAGUCCACGUCCAUUAUCAAAACCGCGUUAUACAUUUGCUUUAUAUACAACACCAUUAUCACAUGCUGUUCGUCCAUUAUGUCCAAUUCGACAUCUUGCACGUUGUCCAUUAUCUGUAAUUGAUACUAGUGAUACAUAUCGUCAAUGGGAAUUAUUUAUUAAAGAAAAACCAUCACGUGAAAUUCGUAAUAUAUGCACACAUCUUCAUAAUUUAUAUAAACAAAGAAAUGAACAAAAAAAAUGUAAACAUUUAUGUGAUUUAUUUCCAUAUAAAGAUGAGAAUGAAACAAAUAAAACAUUAGAUGAUUUUAUGCCUAAAUAUGAAGAAAAAAUAAAUAAUGAUAAUGAGUUAAAUGUGCCAAUACGUUAUCCGAAAUUACUAAAAGAUUCGGCAGAUUUUUAUGCACAAUUUACUCAUUCAAACAUAAGUAUUAUGAAAAAACGGCCUUAUGAAUCAAAUGACAGUUCAAAUGAAGGUCCAUCACCAAAACGAACAUUAAUUACUCGACAAAAUUUAAUUAAAAAUAAAUCACCCUUGUUUAUCAUUCAUGUCGUUGAUUGUCUUCCUGAAAAGUGUACAACCAAACAAAAUAAAAGUGGAUGUAUAACACUUAUGCAAAGUUGUUCUUUUUUUACUGCUUAUCGUAAUGAUAUCUAUAAUAAACUAUUAAAGACAAAACGAAAGAUGAAAAACACAGUAAAAUUGUCUCGUUCACGUGCUUAUACUGUUCCAUUUGUUGAUCCUCCCGAUGGCAUUUAUUUACGUGUAACAAAAGAUAUUAAACGUUUAAGAAAAGAAAUUCCUCAAAAAGAUAUUCGUCGUAUUGCACGUGCUCCAUGGAAAAAACUUAAUACAAAUUUUGUUUCAUAUGUUGAUGAUGAUAUUGUUUCACCGAUUUUAACCAAUGUCUAUGUAGAUAAUCAAAAUGGUCUUCGAAAUGCAUCAACUUCAAUGAAAAUAAAAGAAUAUGAAUUACCUAAAGACAUUAUUUUAGAUUUUUCAUCUCCUAAAAAAGAUUCUUGUCGUACAUUAAUAAAAUCACAAUUUUAUACAUUUGACAUGACCACUAAAGAUGAAGAAAAUCUUCAUUAUUCUUCGGAUAUUCAACUAUCUGAUAAUCAAAUAUCAAAUAUUGUUAUUUCAUCAUCAGAUCAUCAUGAUAUUGAUACAUUAAGUGAUGCUGGUACUUAUAUUAUUGAAGAUGAUGGUGAUAUUGCAUAUGAUGAUGAAUUAGAACAACAAAAUAAUUCUUCAUCAGCAUUUAAACGAUAUAUAAAUCAAACAAAAACUCGUCAUGGAACAUUUGAUAUACAUAGAUUUGUAUCAUCAACAACACAAACAAUUAAUCGUCCUAUUAUUGAUUCGAAUAUUCCAACAAAUGAAUUAGUUUCAUCAUCUUUUGUUUUAUUUUCAAAUGAUAAAGAACUUGAUGAUACAUUUGAAAAUAAAUCAUCGAAUAUUAUUUUACAACAACAAUCAAUAACAUCAACACAAAAUCAAAUAAAACCAGCUGAAUAUUUUGUUAUUUCACCAACAUUGAAAACAAAAUCUUUUCCAACUACAAAUAUUCAUCAACGAAAAAGAGAUACUUCACGAAAAUCAAAAUUAACAGAAGAAUCUGUUUCUAUUAAAGAUCCAAGUGUUCAAACUCCAAUCAGUGAACCAAUAUCUCCUCCAUUAUCAUCUCGUUCUUAUCAAAAUUCUACAGAAAAAGAUUCAUUUUAUCUUGAAAAACAAUCACCUUCUACCUCACCAUCUAUUCGACCUCAUACAACUAUAAAUGAUCAAACAUAUUCCUUAGGAUCAUUUCAACGUAAUUCAAAUAUACGUCAAACGACAUCUACAAAAUCUCAACAUCAACAACAAAUAUCUUCAUCAUCAACAAUAAAUAAUAAUGAUUGUGAUGAAACAAAACCCAAUUUUACAAAAUUCUAUACGAAUAAAACAUUUACAUUACGCCAACAAACUUCACAUCUUUCAUCAUCAACAUCAAAACCAAUCCAACAACAGCAACAAAUUCCAUCAAAAACAUUAUUACAACAAAACUCAAAACCAAUUACCACAAUGUUAUCAACAUCAUUAUCAACAAUUAAUUCAAGUAGACAGACAAAUCGAACUGUUCAAUUACGUCGUGCACGUGCACAAGCAAAAAUCGAAGAAUUAUCUCAACGUACAACAAAACAAUUACAUAAAACUGAUCAUCAAAGUGAUAUAAUGAAUACAUCAUCGCAUAGUAAUGUUAUUAGCCAUAGUAAAAAAGAGUUAGCCAAUUUACAAUCAAAUUCUCAAACAAUCACAAGAACAAAUAUUACAUCUCCACGACAAGAUAUGUUAAAAACGCGAACAAUAUCAUCUUCAUCAAAUCAUCGAUCUGCAUCCGCAAGUCCACAACUAUACAAAGAAACACCAUCAAGAUAUCGAAAAACUAUGACAUCAAUUGUUACAGAUGAAGAACAAUGUCAAAAAGCGAGUACAAGUGUUUGUAGUAUUGAAGAAGAACGAUGUGAUUCAUUACGUGACAACGGCCAAAGAUUAGCAAUUAGAUUAAUCCAACUUUCAUCUGGAAUAUUAGAAAAAUUAAAACCAAAUGAAUCCGUUACUGAUGAUAAUAUCAGCAUACGUGAAUUAGAACAACUUGUUGAUAAAUUGGAAACAGUCAAUCGAACAUUAAGUUGUAUGUGUAUCUUGCUUUAA